CGCUUCAUUUCUCACACACUUCAGAGUUCGAGAGAGUUUGUGCACAGUUUCCGACCAUGACCGAGACCGCAGAAGUGGCUCCACCAGCGGCACCCGCCACCACACCCAAGGCUGCCAAGAAGAAGAAGGCCGCUGUCCGGACAAAGUCAGCCGGUCCCAAACUGGGCGAUCAGAUCGACAAGAUUGUGGCCGAUUGCCGCAGUCAGCGAGGGGUGUCCGUAGCCGCGAUAAAGAAGAGUUUGGCCAGCAGCGGCGUCGAUGUACAAAAGCUGAAAGGUCAGAUCAGGCUGACCAUUAAAAGGAAAUUGGAUAAAGGCACCCUGGUUCACACUAAGGGCGCAGGUGCCUCCGGCUCCUUGAGAGCCGCUAAAAAAGAACAUACCGGGAAAGUCGUGAAAAAAGCGAAGAAACCAGCGGCCAAGAAAUCCGUGGCCAAGAAAACAGGUGCCAAGAAAUCUCCCGCCAAGACCAAAGGGGCUAAGAAAACUGUGGUUAAAAAAGCGGCAGCUAAGAAAACAGCGACCAAGAAGACCGCGCAGAAGCCCAAGAGUCCGAAGAAAGUCGCAGCCCCCAAGGUGGCCAAGAAGUCGGCAAAACCCAAGCCGAAGGCAAAAUCUGUGAAAACCAAGAAGACAGCGGCCAAAAAGUAAAUACAGUAAAGACCCGAAACCAAAGGCUCUUUUAAGAGCCACCCACAUCUCCCAGAUAAGAGCUGAUCCAGAAUCGCGCGAUUCCAGAUCCUGGUCGGUUUAGAUGUCAGUACGAACUACUUUCAGAAAACCCGGGAUCCCCGGUGCCUCGUUGACAUUCGGCGUUGCCGUCCCUUCCCUAGUAUCUGAAAUAAAAUACAGUAUCGGAUGUUCGGACCGAGACUCAAUUGGACAUGAAUUUGUUCCGCUUCAGUCUCCGUUCAAAGGCCGUUUCUUAUUUGAGGCCGGGAGAUGGUAGCACUGGCGGAGAAUCUCUGUCUCAGCUCAAAGCCCAACAUGGAAGUUUCAAUUCAGGGUUAAAGUGACAAAACUGCUAAAUUAUCUGAGGAGAGGGAACAGGCUCUGGGCAUGGACUGGAGAGGGAUGAAACAAGGUAAAGAUUUGGCUUGCACAGCCACCUGUUACAAUGAGUUCCACAGAUUCACUACGCUAUGGCUAAAGAAAUUCCUCCUUAUCUCCUUUCUAAAAGGAUGCUCCUCUAUUUUGAGGCUGUGUCCUCUGGUCCUAGACUCUCCCACCGUAGAAAACACCUUCUCCAGAUUCACCUUAUCAAGGCCUUUCAACAUUCGAUAGCUUUUAAUUAGGUAACUGCUCAUUCUAGUCAAUACAGGCCCAGAGCCAUCAAAUGCUCUUCAUAUGAAAUGUUGUUCAAUCCUAGAGUUACUUUCAUGAACCUUCUUCUGUGAGGGGAUCCUGGAGUGUCCCUAUUAACUGGAGAGAGACAUUUAUCAUUGAUGGUUUGUUUGGAAAGGAGAGAGAGACAGAGUUAUUUACCACCGAUAUGUUGCUUUUGAAAAGAGAGAGAGAGAGAGAGAGACGAAGAUUAACGCUUGGACUGUCACUUUAAGGCAUUGAAAGUAACUUUGGAUUUUUACUGAGUUUGUAGUUGGAGACAGCACCGAGCAGCUCAAAAGUUGCUAUGGUGACCGAAGGCAGUGUUAAUUAAUGGACACUCGAUGUUAUGAUUUUCAACACAUUGUUGAUAUUUCUUUAAUGACUUGUUGCCUGCUUGUGCACUCCUUUACAGACAAAGGAGGGAGGGACUCUUUGAAUGACAGGUGAUGCUCAGCCUGGUGAAAUAAAUGGGAGGUCAGAUGAUACAGACCUCAGGACACAUGAUCUGGACAUGGAAUGAGCAUUGUUGUGCCCGCAGAAAAAGUGGGUUUUGGAGGAUCGAUCAGGCGGAUCGUUCCAAAUUGCUAUCCAUCGGUGAGGAAGGGGUUGACUGGUGGGGAGCUGUCUAUGUGUCCACCCUCGCCUGGGUGAUAGCUCCACCACAGAAGACCAGUCCCCUUGGUUAAAGUCACAGUUGGUGACUUGUAAAGGAUUUUCGGAGGACGACGAGAAGAUUGACGGCAUCAGCUCAGCUGAAGACUCAACUCACUCCCCCUCUCUCCACCACUACUCAACUAAAUACCACGAACUGAACUGAACUGAACUUUACUCAACAUCGUAAGACUGUAUCUUUUUACCCCUAGACUUAAAGAAGCUUGGUUUUUUCAUACAUAUAUAUUCCACACUUACUUUUAUAUAUAAUCAUUGCUAACAUGUUUGAUUUAUCUACAUUUAUAUUACUGUAUUGCGUAGUUACUAAUAAAUAUUAGUUUAUAGCAAUACGAGACUCCAAAGUGUUUUCCAUCUCUGCUGGUUUCUUUAUCCCCGUCACGGGGUUCGUGACACUUCCAACUCUCUCCUGUGUCAGUACAUCUUUCUAAGAUAAGGGGCCCAAAUCUGCUCACAAUGCUCAAAGUGAAGCCUCAUCAGUCCUUGCACUUGCAUUCUAGUCCUCUCAAAAUGAAUGCUAACAUUGCAUUUGUCUUCCUCACCACAGACAACUGCAAAUUAACCUUUCGGGAACACUGCACAAGGACUCCCAAGUCCCUUUACACCUCAGAUUUUUAAAAUUUCUCUCCAUUUAGAAAAUGGUUUAUGCUUUUAUUCUUCUACCAAAGUGCAUGACCAUACACUUCCCAACAUAGUAUUCCAUCUGCUGCUUCUUUUCCCAUUCUCCUAAUCUGUCUAUGGCCUUCUGUAGCCUUUCUACUUUUGUAAAACUACCUGCCCUUCCAACUAAUCUUUGUGUCAUCUGAAAACUUUACAACAAAACCAGCAAUUCUGUCAGCCAAGUCAAUGACAUACAAUGUAAAAAGAAUUGGCCCAAACACAGACCACAGUGAAACACCACUAGUCACAAUAUACCAACCAAAAGGUUCAUUCCCGUUUUGUUUCUGCCAAUCAGCCAUUGCUUUAUCAAUGGUAGUAUCUUCCCUGUAAUAUGGCGGCUCUUAGCUUGUCAAACAGCCUUAUGUGUGGCACCUUGUCAAGGGCCUUCUGAAAAUCCAAGUACACAAAAUCAGCCAAUUCUCAUUUGUCUAUCCUACUUGUUAUUUCUUCAAAGAAUUC